AUGGCUAACAAGUUGCUAACCAACAAAGAUAAAGUGAACACCUCUUCACUAUUAGCCUUUAGACUCAAACUGUUGAGCGGAACGUUACUAUCUAGACAGCUACUACACGACCGUUACCCGAGCACUUAUACUGAUAGCCUCUGCCCUAGCUCCAACAGUACCCACACACCAAAAGCUAUCUCGGAGGAUAAAAAUUUGCUUGAGCUAAUAAUGGAAGUUACAGACUCGCAGGCAAACCAUACCAGCAGC